UCAAAUCUACUUAUAAACUCAUGUCUAAAUUGUAUUAUUUCACAGUGAUUUUGAGAGAUUCAAUAAUACAAGAAAGUUUUCUCUCUUUUACAUGAGAGGGACCUCCCACUAAAUAAUGAAGUCUGAAGUCUUCUGAUACACAGCAAUUAAUAUGUUCAAUCAUAAAAGCUAGUUGCAUAUCAGCAACAAAACAGAGAAAAAGAAAAGUGAGUCGUCCACAUAUUCUUGCAGCACCUUACCCAGCACAGGGCCAUGUAAUUCCUCUACUAGAGCUUUCACAGCACCUGGUUAAGCAUGGCUUCCGAGACUCAUUGGCCAACACAGAGCACACUCACAACCAGGUCAUGAAUGGCUUACAGGAGAAGAGCUGAAUAGGGGAUGAAAAUGAGAUCCGUCUGGUGUCCAUCCCAGAUGGGCUGGAGCCCUGGGUGGAUAGAAAUGAUAUAAGCAAGGCACAUGACAAAAUGAUUAAGGUGAUGUCCGAGAAGCUGCAGGAGCUUAUAGAAAAGAUCAGCAGAGAAGAAGAUGAACAGAUCUUUUGUCUCAUUGUUGAUAAAUGUGCUGGGUUAACUAUUCCACGCUUUCCAGCUGCUGAGAAGAUGCCUUUUGGCCUGCAGCAGUGGCAACUCUGCCCUUGAUUUACAAUAUUCAGAAGCUGAUUAAUGAUGGAAUUAUAGACACUGAUGGAAUUCCGAUCAAGAAACUGAUUAUUCAGUUGGUGCAACACAUGCCCGAAAUUGACUGUACAAAGCUUAUUUGGACUAGCGUGGGCGGCAAGGACUUGGCCUCCCAGAAGAGAAUGUUUGAGAUUAUAAAAAAUAAUAUUGAAGUUGGAAAAGCAGCGGAUUACCUAAUCUGCAACUCAGCAUAUGACCUUGAACCUGGGGCUUUUACCUUGGUUCCUAAUAUUCUUCCAAUAGGACCUCUUUUGGCAAGCAACCGUCGAGGAAAUUCAGCAGGAUCCUUCUGGCUAGAAGACUCAACUUGUUUGAAAUGGCUUGAUCAACAGCAACCCAACUCAGUCAUUUAUGUUGCAUUUGGUAGCGUCACAGUUCUAGACAAGACCCAAUUCCAGGAGCUGGCACUGGGACUUGAACUAAGCAACAGGCCAUUCCUGUGGGUUGUGAGGCCAGACAUGACUGAUGAACCAAAUGAAGCCUAUCCAGAAGGGUUUCAGGACAGGGUGGCUGGUUACAGCCGAAUGGUGGGUUGGGCACCUCAACAGAGGGUUUUAAGUCAUCCUUCCACCGCCUGCUUCUUUAGCCAUUGUGGUUGGAAUUCCACCUUGGAAGGUGUAAGCAAUGGGGUUCCUUUCUUGUGUUGGCCAUACAAUGCUGAUCAGUUCACCAAUGAGAGCUAUAUUUGUGAUGUUUGGAAGGUGGGAUUGAAGUUCAACAAAAACGAAAACGGGAUCAUCACACGAGAAGAAAUCAAGAGCAAGGUGGAUCAGGUGCUUGGUGAUGAAAGUUUUAAAGCAAGAGCUCUAGAACUUCAGGAAUCUGCUUUGAAAAGUGUCAAAGAAGGAGGUCAAUCUCACAGGAAUUUUAAGAAUUUCAUUGAAUGGAUCAAGGCAUAGACUCCUAGUAGGAGACUCGGAUCAAGAGUAUUUAGAAAAUAUGUAAGAAAGCUUCCAAAAUAUUGUAAAAUUUUCUAAUAUGAUUAAUUCUAAUCAUUCAAUCUAUCAAAUUCGUAUGAAUUUAGAUUGUUAGAUCUACUUAUAAACUCAUGUAUAAAUUGUUUUAUUUCAAGAGUGAUUUUGAGAGCUUCAAUAAUACAAGAAAGUUUUUUCUGUUUCUAA